AUGGUAUUAGCUCUGGGCCACUGCCUUACUAUUUGGAGGCUCACUGCUACUGCCAUUUUCGGUUUCUGGCCACCAACUAACGGGAAUACAUCACCUCUCGAUUACCAAAGAGCCGAGACUGUUACCCCGUUCCCGAGUCUUCGCUCCGACGGCUGGGAUGCAUCAACACGAUACGCUCCUCCUAUGUCGCCGGCCGGAUCCCAAAGCUACUACCACAAGGCCAGGCUUGGGAGCAACCAUCUCAAGUCCAGGAGAAUGGUCAAAAAGGGUACACCCGAGGCACGGGGUUUGCGCUUUGUUGCCGGCAUGUAUUAUGGUGGAACCGAAGUCUUACCUAGGGAAUUCGCCCUAGACGGCCAGAUUUCAUCGGCGUUUAGAUCGCCCUUGCCGACCCUAUUUUGA